CAACUUAAAUGUGACUCGCAGCCGGCUCUCGUAGCUGGAUAUUUUACAAUGUUUCAUGAAUUUAUUAACAUAAGGCCGUUUUAAAGCUACAAUUAUGUCUUUCACAAUACUCUGCUCCUUCGUAUUAGCAUUUUAUGUCGUAAUUUGGUUCUUUGACUCUUUCUUUAAGAGUUGUAUGCACUACCCAUAUUACGCAUUCUUGGAAGGAACUGGCCUACAGAUCGGAAUACUUAACUUUAAAUGGACAACGACCGCUUUCAACAGGUUUAUAUACAGAUGGAGCAAGAACUUAGCCCGCGUGUUACGCAAAUGGUACACAUGCGGCUACAUAUUUACCAUUUGGAUCUUCUUGCCGUUCGCUCUGUGGACUCUCCUGACAUUUAUAUUUGAGCAUUUCUAUGAGACUAUUCAAAUCAACAAUGUGCCUGAAGUUAAAGCAAUGUUACCUGGAGUAAACAUUCCUGCGUCAGAUUUCUGGGUAUACUUCUUAGCUAUAGGGUUUAGUACUAUUUUUCAUGAGCUUGGCCAUGCAAUGGCUGCAGCUCAAGAGGAUGUGCAGCUCAUAUCUGUAGGUGUAUAUGUAUUUACUAUAAUACCAGUAGCUUUUGUGCAAAUGAAUUCAGAACACUUGAAUAGCUUAGCUGUGACUAAAAGACUGAGAAUAUUUUGUGCAGGCAUCUGGCAUAAUAUUGCCACUGCUUUCAUUGCCUUACUGUUAUUCUUUUCAGCCCCAAUUUUAUUCAACAUAGCAUAUGAAACAGGCAUAGGAGUUAGGAUUACUGAUUUUACUGAUGAUUCUCCUCUAAAAGAUGUCAGGGGACUUGAUAAGGGUGAUGUUGUAACAUCUAUAAAUAGUUGUGAAAUCAAAAAUGCUAAUGACUGGUCAUACUGCCUCCACAUGGCUCAUGACCGGUUUGGUAUAUGUACCAGUGCAGAAUUUGUUGCUCAAAAUGAUGAAAUCAUGAUGGAGACUAUCAAGGAAAAUGAUGUUGUAGAAUGUUGCCGCAAGGAUGACUUGUACAGUUUCUGUUUUGAAUACUUGGAGCCCAAAGUAGUUGCUGAUUCAGUAUUGCCAGGACAAUACUCAUGUCUAAAACCCAGAGAUAUGGUGAAGGACAAGUUUAUAAAGUGCACUGAGCAUGGAGGUUACUCAUGUCCAAGAGGAAUGCAUUGCUUGAAACCUUCUUUGAACAACCACACUUACUUGAUAAUCAUAGAACGAAAGGACAACAAUGCUGUUCUUUAUUUAGGAUUGCCAUAUGAUUUACAUAAGACUCUCUUCACAGACCAAUACUUCCCAAGGCUGGGGUUGUUCUCAUUUUUCUCUCCAUCUCAGUUUGAGAAACUCCUGAGGUACAUAUUUAUAUUUUCAAUGGGUAUUGGAUUUUUGAAUGUGAUACCUUGCUAUGGUAUGGAUGGUCACCAUAUUACAAGAAGUCUGAUACAAGUGUUAGCUAAGUAUCUGAACAAAAAUGGUGAUUUUGUUACUUUUUUCACAGUUUUCACUGUAGUUGUGGGCACAGGGGUUACAGGACCCAUUCUAAUAUAUUUGUUUUACAAGGCUAUUUAUGUAGACAAUUAGUUGUUUUUUUUUUACUAGAUUCAUGUGAUUUAUUUGAGUUUGUUUAAAAUUGUUUUAUAGCAUUAUUGGUUUAUAUUAGAAUUUCCAUAAUCCCUUAGUACCUCAGGGCUUAGAACUGUGCCUAGUCAAACAAAAUUAAUACUAAAGUUGAUAAAAUCCAGCCUGACCCUUAGGGUAAUGCAAAUGUGAUUCUAAAAUUAAUAAAACAAUGUGCUUGUGCAAUAAUCUAUGAAGUAUUAAAUUCCAGUCCCAUUUAAGCAAAAAACAAACAAUUGUGACAUACUAUUUUUUAAUUUUGUGAUUAGUUUUGUAUCAGUGUAAAUUGUGAAAGUGAAAAAAAACUUAUAUGAAUUCCCACAAGUGUGAUUGACUGUACCACUUAUUAAUCCAUGUACUUUCUACAAUUAUGUUUAUUGUCUUAUUUUCAAUGUUAAUUUUCUUGUAAAUAGUUAAGUUAUUGUUAAGGUUUUAGUUUUAAUUCCAUAUUAUUUAUAUUAAUUAUAAAUGAGUCACAUUAAAACUUUGUACAGUACAAAAAA